AAACAUUGGCCUAUGGGUCAGCAACAGCCUUUAUGAUUAUCCCAGGCCCUGCCGACAGCGGGAGGCUGCCAGGGCAUCCUGUGCUUUAUGAACCCUCCAGCGCUCUCCUGAAUCCUCGCUUAGCAAGUCCCACAGGAUGCUUGGUGUACCCAGCUCCAAAGGGCAGGGGAGAUCCCCUUUUGGAGCAACAUGAGAGCCUAGAAAAAGGGAAUGCUGUUGCUCCAAACUUCAUUCUAGGUCUUGACAAAAACAAGUUUUCUUACAGUGAAAUUCGAAAUCUUAGAAACUUGGGUUACAUAGAUCCAGAUGCCUUUAAGAACCUCCCACUACUGAAAUACCUUGGAAUUUUUAAUACGGGACUGAAAGUAUUCCCAGACCUCACCAAAAUCUCUUCAACUGAUGUGAAUUUUUUACUUGAAAUUGCAGAUAAUCCUUUCAUGACUUCAGUGCCUGCAAAUGCUUUCCAUGGGCUCUGUAAUGAAUCUCUAACUGUGAAACUGUACAAUAAUGGUUUUACCAGCAUCCAAGGCCAUGCUUUUAAUGGGACAAAUCUGGAUGCUGUCUAUCUGCACAAGAAUAAAUACCUGAGAGUUAUCAAUGAAGAUGCAUUUCUGGGAGUGCACAGUGGACCAACUCUCCUGGAUGUCUCUAGAACAGUAAUUGCUAAUCUCCCAGCCAAAGGACUGGAAAGCCUUAAGGAACUGAUGGCCAAAAAUACAUGGACUUUAAAGAAAUUGCCAGCCGUAAAGAUAUUUCUUCAGCUAAUGCGAGCUGACCUGUCCUAUCCAAGCCAUUGCUGUGCUUUCAAGAGCUGGAAAAAAAACAGUGGACUUCUGGAAUAUCUGACAUGUAACCACACCAGCAGUCACAGCUUUCGCAAAAGAUCAGUCAAAGCUCCCAGAGGCCCUUUUUACAAAGAUUAUGCUGAAGAAUAUACUGAUCACACUGAGACAGUGUAUGACAAAAAUACCAAGUUCAGGAAUUUUCAUGAAAAUUCCCACUAUUAUGAUUUUUUUGAAGAGCAUGGAGAAGGAAACAUCGGGUUUGGCCAAGAACUCAAGAACCCUCAAAUGGAAGAUGUCCAGGCCUUUGACAACCAUUACGACUACCCCGUCUGUGGAAUCAACGAAGAUAUAAUAUGCACUCCGGAGCCUGAUGAGUUUAAUCCCUGUGAGGAUAUUAUGGGAUAUAAAUUUCUAAGGAUUGUGGUAUGGUUUGUGAACCUGCUGGCCAUAGCAGGAAACAUUUUUGUCCUUUUCAUCCUCCUGACCAGCCAUUACAAAUUGACUGUACCAAGAUUUCUGAUGUGUAACUUGGCCUUUGCUGAUUUUUGCAUGGGCUUAUACCUUCUCCUGAUUGCUUCUGUGGAUCUCCACACCAGGUCGGAGUACUACAAUCAUGCCAUAGAGUGGCAGACAGGGCCUGGCUGUAACACAGCAGGCUUUUUCACAGUCUUUGCUAGUGAGCUCUCUGUAUACACACUCACUGUGGUCACCCUAGAGCGCUGGUAUGCUAUCACCUUUGCCAUGCACCCAGAUCGAAAGAUUCGCCUUCGACAUGCUUUGGUUAUCAUGCUGGGAGGUUGGCUCUCAUGUUUUCUUCUUGCCCUUUUGCCACUGGUUGGAGUUAGCAGCUACAGCAAAGUGAGCAUCUGUUUGCCUAUGGACACGGAAACACCAGUGGCCGAAGCCUAUGUCGUCUUUGUUUUAAUGUGUAACAUUAUUGCUUUUGUCAUUAUUUGUGCCUGCUACAUAAAAAUCUAUAUCACUGUGCGAAAUCCUCAGUACAAGUCAGGGGACAAAGACACCAAGAUUGCCAAGAGGAUGGCUGUGUUGAUUUUCACUGACUUUCUGUGCAUGGCUCCCAUCUCUUUCCAUGCAUUAUCAGCCAUUAUGAGCAAACCUUUGAUAACUGUCACCAAUUCCAAGAUCUUACUGGUACUCUUCUACCCACUCAAUUCUUGUGCCAAUCCUUUUCUUUAUGCUAUUUUCACCAAAGCUUUCCGAAGAGAUGUCUUCAUCCUGCUAAGCAAGUUCGGUAUAUGCGAGCAUCGGGCUCAAGUCUACAGAGGUCAGACGGUCUCAAGCAAAAACAGCACUGGCUCUUAUGGGCAGAGAAUCAGCCGAGGGGUAGGUCAGAUUCUUACCAGCACUCAAGACCCAGUCAAAGAUUACCUCCCUGCUACGACAGCGCAAGACCGAAUUCUUGUAGAAGAAUGCAAGCAGACUGAGCUAUAA